GCGCCCGCCGGUGGCAGGGCAGGGCUGCAACGCAACACCCUACCCCCCCGCUCCCGCCGCCCCGACAGGCGGCCCCUGCCUGCCGAGCGCCGAAACGCCGAUACGGGAGAGCGGCCUGAGCCCCGCCGGAAGCGCCGGGGCCGUUAGGGGCCGAGCCCCGCCCCACCAGGCAGGAGCAGUCGCUGCUGAUGCGCGCGCGCGGGCCGUUUGAGGGCGCCGCCAUGGAGCCGUCGGUAAAGGAGGCAGCUGCCGAGGAUGUGCUGGCGAAAAAGGUGGACGUCCUCUGUCUGUUUCGCCUCAGGGACCAGAUGAAGCAGCAGCUCAUGGAGUACAACACUGCAGCCCGUGCCAAUACAGAAAAUUGUCCUAAUAACAUAAACAGAGGUGAUCUCAAGAGAGACAAAGAAAAUUUGGGAAAGGACAUAGAGGAAGUAAAAGCAUCCUUCCAGAACAAGACAUUAGCCUUGCAGAGGAUCCAGGUUACGGCUGCCCUGAGACAAAAAGUGAUGCAAAAAGAUGACGAUUCCAGACCAAUCACAGAAACUGUGAAACAAAUUGCAUUGCUGAGCAAUGCAAUAACUGAACAUGAGCAGCAAGCACAUGAGAAGGAACAGAAAUUACUUGACAUUAAAAGGAGAAGAUUCUCACUACAAAAAUCUGGAGAACAGGUUCUACAGGAAAUUCAAACUGUGAAAAAAAAAGUGGCAAAACGAAAAGGCCGUGAAAUGAGCGGACCGCUGGAGAAAGUACAUAAGUUAAAAGAAGAAAAAGACAUUAUUGUACUCAUUCAAAAUAUUUUCCAGAAUGUCGUAAUAGGAAGCAGAGUGAACUGGGCUGAAGAUCCAUCUCUAAAGAACACUCUUCUACAGCUUGAAAAAAAUAUCAAUUUCCUGUGAAUCAAUACAAACUGUUCAGUUUCACACAGUGUAGAUAAUGUGCUAAAGGCUGGCAUGGCUCAUCAAAGCGCUUUUAGGGGAUUUUAAGUUUUUAACCUUUCUGUAAGUUGUUGUUUUCUCCAGAGACUCAGAAUGGGGACAACAGGCAAAAUUUAAUUCCUAGUACACAAUGAAUGUUUGAGCGGGUUGUGUAGCUGAUGAAAGCUACCUGAAGAGACACCUGAUAGCUGUCCCGUCUCAAAUACUGAUCUCUAUGUAAAAGGCCACAGUACUACAGGAAAGAAUAUAUGAAUCUAAAUUUUUUUUUUUAAUGUAAAACAGGAGCUAACCCAAAAUUAUGUCGUUUUCUCCUGAGCAGCAGCAGGCUGCAGAGUUCAGACAGAAUGCAUGACCCUGCAUUGCCCCCGUGAAAAACACAAUCUGGAAAAGGUGAUUAAGUCAGCUUUUGCUGUAAAACGUUUUUAUUAUCAAAACACUGUGCAGUCACUUUAAACAUUGAAGCUGACAGCCCCUUGGGCUGUACGAUGUAUACUGAUGAGUAAGCCAGCGCUUUCAGCAGUAGUUGCAACCUGUAGAUUUUGUUCUAUCAAGUUAGAUGUAACCCUAGUAAAAAUGCAAGUGAAGUGUGAGCGGUUACUCGAUGCUAUCAGUUGCGCAUCCAGGCAGUGUUUCCGACGUUCCGCUGGCAGCUUUGACGAGAACUCGCCCGCUCACAGCGUGCGAUACGCUGAAGCAGUUGCUGUUUGUUGUUUGACUGUUGGCUUUUAGACGGGUUGGAUUUAAAUCGAAUAAACCACAGAAUUGCUCAGAG